AUGAGCUACCCAAUGGACUACCUCUACGGCCACGGCUCCUAUUCCAGGACACCACAGGGACACUCUGCCCGGCCCGCCGCUUCCCUCUCCUCCUCCGGCUACCACUCCCAGCCAUGGACGACCUCCCAGCGCCGCCGCCCGGCCUACAGCCAGGCAGCCUCUGCCGACAGCUUGGAAAUCUUUAAUGGCGACAUGACUCGGAGGAACGAGAAGGAGAUUCUGCAGACACUCAACGACCGGUUCGCCGGUUACAUCGACAAGGUGCGGAACCUCGAGCUGAUUAACUCGAAUCUGGAGCAGGAAGCGGCUGCGCUGCGACAGAGCCAGACGGGGCGGGAUACCGUGGGAGAGCACUAUCAGCGUGAGCUGGGGGACCUGAGGGCUAUGGUCCAGCAGUUGACCGGGGAGAAGGCACGCACACUCUUGGAGCAUGACCACCUUGAAGAGGACAUCCAGCAUGUGCGGACCAGGCUCGAGGACGAGGCACGCAGCCGGGAGGAGCUGGAGUCCGCAGCACGCGUCAUGAACAAGUAUGUGGAUGAGUCUGGGCUCGCGCGGCUGGAGCUGGACAAGAAGCUGUUCGCGCUGCAGGAAGAAGCCGCGUUCCUGAAGAAAAACCACGAGGAUGAGGUGGCCGAGAUGCUCGCACAGAUCCAGGGUGCACAGGUGAGGUUCGAGGCUCGAGACACGAUCAAGGCGGACGUCACGAGCGCACUGCGGGAGAUCCGCGCACAGCUGGAUGGCCACGCGACCAAGAGCGCAAUGCAGGCAGAGGGAUGGUUCAAAGUGCGUAUGGAACGGUUGGCGGAUGCAGCUCACUCUAACACGGAUGCAAUCCGCGGUGCCCAAGAGGAGAUAGCCGAGUAUAGACGGCAGCUGCAGAGCCGCACCAUCGAACUGGAGACCCUCAAAGGAACCAAGGACUCUUUGGAGAGACAAUGCAUGGAUAGUGAGGACAGACACCAUGGAGAUAUCCACUCCCUACAGGAGACCAUCCACCAGCUGGACGGUGAGCUGAAGAGUACUAAGUGGGAGAUGGCCAGUCAGCUUAGAGAAUACCAGGAGCUGCUGAACGUCAAGAUGGCUCUGGACAUAGAGAUAGCUGCCUACAGGAAGUUGCUGGAAGGGGAGGAGACUAGGUUCCUAUCUGGGCCAAGCCUGUUCUCCUACUCCUCCGUUCACCUUAAGCUGAAGGGGGAGGAGCUCUCAGACACAGUCAUACUGGAGGAACAGACGGAUGAGACACAGGUCACUGAGGUGACAGAGGAAGGAGAGGAAGAGGAGAAGGGUGAAGAGGAAGAGGGGGAAGGAUCUGAGGAUAAGGGAGCAGAGGAGGAAGAGGGUGAUAAGGAGGAAGAGGAAGGAUCUGAGGAUAAGGGAGGAGAGGAGGAAGAGGGUGAUAAGGAGGAAGAGGAAGGAUCUGAGGAUAAGGGGGAAGAGGAGGCAGGUGAGGAUAAAGAGAAGUCUAAGUCACCUGAGGAGGCUGCUUCUCCAUCUAAGUCUCCCACCAAAACCCCCCAGCCCAAAUCUCCCGCCGUCAAAUCCCCUGAAUCCAAAUCACCCCCAGCCAAAUCUCCCCUCCCCAAAUCACCCGCCAAGUCUCCUGCCCCCAAAUCUCCCACAGAGAAAUCUCCCCAGCCCAAAUCCCUGGCUGUGAAAUCACCAUCUAAAUCUCCCCCUAGCAAAUCCCCAAAGUCCCCUCCUCCCAAGUCCCCCCUCCCCAAGUCUCCUGAACCCAAGUCCCCCAUCCAGGAGAAGGCCAAGCCCCCUGCAGAAGACAAACCAGCCAAGGAGGAGAAGAAAGAGAAGGAACAACCCCAGCCUGUAAAAGAGGAGAAGAAACAGGAGCCAGAACCCAAGGAGAAAGAGAAGAGUGAGAGCCCGCCUAAAGAGAAGGCUGAGGAGAAGACAGACAAACCAGAUCCCAAGGAGAGCAAGCCAGAGGAGACCCCAACACCUGCCCCUCCUGCCGCCGCCUUGGCCAAGCCUGCAGAGGAGAAGCCCGCCCCCGCCAAGGAGAGCCCCACCCCUGCUAAGAAGGAAGAUGAGAAACAGGCCCCAUCCAAAACAGACGACAAACCUCAGGCAGAGUUGAAGCCUGCCCCCAAAGAAUCACCAGAGAAAACAGAGAGCAAGAAAGAGAAGAAACCAGAGCCCAAAGAGGAGGUGAAGGAGGACAAGCAGGAGGCCUCUAAAGGGUCCGACAGUACAGAGGUGAAGGAUACGAAGGUGGAAGGGAAGGCAGAGAAGGACGAAAAGUCCUCCAGCACUGAGGUCAAAGAGAAAGCCAUGAAGUGAAUCACUAACGCAUUGUG